AUGCCAGCCACCUCGCCCCAGGGCUCGAGUCACGACAAGAAUGAAGAGCAAGAUGUGAACUCGUCGACUGCGGUUCAACAUGAGGGCGGAGGCCCGCCUGAAGGACAGGGCGACGAGGCGUCCGCAACCACGGUACCCUCGGCUGUUACGUCGAGGGUGCGGUUCUCCCUCGAGAUCUCCAGAGCCGACGAAGAUGCGAAACCGUCAAAAGAGACGUCCUCCACAUCCGAGCGGAAACCCACUGGCAUCCUCAAGACUCCAUCGUACGGUCGUAACCGUGGCUACUCUCUAAGAAGGGCUCUCUUCGCCCAGAACAUCCAGAAACAAAGUUCAGACAAUGGGGGAGCAUUUGAGUUGAAUCAAUCGAAGCAGAGCGAUGAUGCCGCCUCUGAAAAGACGCAACUCGGCUCCCAAUCCACCACAGUUACCGUCGAAGAGACAGGAAGUCGAGAUGAUCAGACUCCAGGCCAAGCGCCACUCUCUGCUCCCUCCCUCGAAUUGCCCUUGUAUCAACGAUGGCUGUCCAAACAACGUUCGAGAACGACUCUCUGGAACAGGCUGAAGGCCGAAUAUCUACAAUUUCGUGAGAAGAUUGUCCGUGCGAAUGCCAUUCCUCCCAGUCUCGACGGAAGACACGUUCGGGUGAACGUACUGAGUGAGGAGGAAGCCAUCGAUGAGAGAACGGGCAAGCCAUACAUUAACAACCUGAUCCGCUCAUGCCGGUACACACCCUGGAAUUUCGUCCCCCGUCAACUCAUGGCUCAAUUUGGGAAGCUGGCCAAUUUCUAUUUUCUUUGUGUUUCGAUUUUGCAGAUGAUUCCCGGUCUCAGUACCACGGGCACAUAUACCACCAUUAUCCCUUUGCUGGUGUUUGUGGCGAUCUCCAUGGCCAAGGAAGGUUACGAUGACAUCAGGAGACACCGUCUAGACAAGGAGGAAAAUGCAAGGACUACACUGGUGCUCGACGUCGACCCGUCUCUCAGCGGCGCCGGUGACCUCGACUGGCAGAAAAAGAAGUGGGCGGACCUAAAAGUAGGUGACGUUGUACUGCUGAAGCGAAAUGCUGGCGUCCCGGCCGACCUGGUGCUUCUGCGCGCCGACGAGCCUACUGGUACAGCUUAUGUUGAAACAAAGAGUUUGGACGGAGAGACAAAUCUGAAGUCAAAGAAGCCUUUGCCAGACGUGAGUGCUGCCUGUCAAUCACUCGACGACAUUGCGAAUCUAGAAGCCGAAUUCGUCGUCGAAGAUCCUAACCUGGAUCUUUACAAGUUCGACGGCAGAGUCACGAUCAACGACAAGACACUCCCAUUAACCAAUACGGAAAUCCUUUAUCGCGGUAGCGUGUUGCGGAAUACCCCUUCGGCGAUCGGCCUUGUGAUUUAUUCUGGCGAGGAAUGUAAGAUACGGAUGAAUGCCAAUAAGACCCCACGGGUCAAGGCACCGGCUUUGCAAGCCAAGGUCAACAGGAUUGUUGUCUUGGUUGCCUCUCUGGUGUUCUUCAUGGCCAUCAUUCUAACCGUCGCCUACCAAAUCUGGCGCCGAACCACCGAGGACAAGUCAUGGUAUCUGCAAUCUGCACGAGUUCCGUUUGGCCACAUCCUCACUUCUUUCAUCAUCAUGUUGAACACGAUGCUGCCGCUCAGUUUGUAUGUGUCACUCGAAAUCAUCAAAUUGGCGCAGAUGUUAUUGAUGAACGAUAUCGAUAUGUACGACCCGGACUCGGAUACCCCGAUGGAGCCGCAUACUUCCACCAUCAACGAGGAACUUGGCCAGGUCAGCUAUAUCUUCUCGGACAAGACUGGCACACUGACCAAUAACUCGAUGAAAUUUCGAAAAAUGAGUAUUGCCGGUACCGCUUGGCUCCAUGAUCUCGAUCUCCAAGAAGAAGCAGAGAACGAAGCCGGCCGGAUGAAGCUGAAGCACAAGAAGAGGAGGGUGAAGGGGAAGGAUGCAGUGUCAAAGAAGCAGAGACAGUCGCAGUCAACAGUGAUCAGAAAAUCUGCAGCUUCGUCUAGUGCUGCUAUUGAGGUUGCGAAGCCUUCCGGCCAGGACGCUGACGAAGUCCAAUGGCAGGCUCCUAACGAUCUCAGCUUGACUUUGGAGACCGGGAAAACACAAGAACUACUCGACUAUAUCUACCGCCGGCCUAACACGGUCUUUGCACGUAAAGUCCGGUUUUUCCUCCUGUCCAUGGCACUGUGCCAUACCUGCAUCCCGGAAAAGGACGACGAUGGCAAUAUUACAUAUCAAGCUGCCUCCCCUGAUGAGCUGGCUCUGGUAUCGGCUGCACAGGAUCUUGGGUACAUUGUCACCGAUCGACAAGCAAAUACACUGACUGUCAAGACGUUCUGCGAUGGUGAUGAGCAAAACCCUGUUUACGAGACCUACGAAAUCCUCGAUGUAAUCGAGUUCUCCAGCGCAAGGAAGCGCAUGUCAGUUGUGGUUCGCUUCCCAGACCAACGAAUCUGUCUGAUAAGCAAGGGCGCAGACAGUGCUAUCCGGAGGCUGCUGCGCCUUGCGGAUCUGGCGGCCGCAAAAGUGCAAGCAGCGGAACGGCGGGCAAUGCAAAGAAAGAGUCUCGAGGCGCAAGAAAUGCUCCGGCGAAAAAGUGUACAAUUCAGCCGGAAGUCGACCUCAGUGUAUGGUGUGGAGGGAGCCUCACCACGACAGAGCAGUGUCUCGGUCGACCGUUCACGGAAUACACGAGAAAGCAUCGAUAUGUGGUUGAGGGAACGGGAGAAUGAUGUUGGACUGUCCACACAGCGAAGAAGCCUCCAGUUCUACACUCCACGGCCGUCAGCGCAGUUUGGUCCCCCUCGCCGAUCGGAAAGUUUGAGAGAAAAGGGCCUGCAGUCGUCUCAGACAACACCCCGUUCGUCCUUGCAAGCAGAUGAAAAUGAAGACCUGGUAGAGGAAAGUCUCGUGGUGAACGACAACGCGGUUUUCGAGCGCUGCUUCCAACACAUUGACGACUUCGCCACCGAGGGCUUGCGCACACUGCUCUACGGCUACCGAUAUCUCACCGAAGAAGAGUACAAGGCCUGGAAGAAUGUCUAUGCAGAGGCAACUACAAGCCUUGUAAAUCGACAGGAGAAAAUCGAGCAGGCGGCGCAAAUAAUAGAGCAGAAUCUCGAGCUCCUUGGGGCGACAGCCAUUGAAGACAAACUCCAGAAAGGUGUGCCCGACGCCAUUGAUCGGUUUCGUCGCGCCGGCAUCAAGAUGUGGAUGCUUACUGGCGACAAACGCGAGACUGCCAUUAAUAUUGGGCACUCUUGCCGGCUGAUCAAGGACUAUUCCACCGUGAUUGUGUUGGAUCAUGAGCUUGGCGAUCUACACGGUCGGAUGGCAUCUGCUGUUGCGCAAAUCGGGAAUGGCCAGACAGUCCACUCAGUUCUUGUGGUAGAUGGCCAGACAUUGACCAUAAUCGAGGCGGACCCUGCUUCUAAGGCCUUCUUCACAGAUGUGGCCAUCCGAGCCGAUUCUGUCAUUUGUUGUCGAGCCUCGCCGAGCCAGAAAGCAUCUUUGGUGAAAACCAUCCGCACUAAAGUGAAGGGUUCAGUGACGCUGGCUGUGGGUGAUGGCGCGAAUGAUAUCGCCAUGAUCCAGGAGGCCCAUGUGGGCAUCGGCAUCGCAGGCAAGGAAGGCCUUCAAGCGGCCAGAACCUCGGACUAUUCGAUUGCCCAGUUUAGAUUUCUGCUAAAAUUGCUCCUGGUGCACGGAAGAUGGAACUAUGUCCGCAUCUGCAAGUAUACCCUGGGCACAUUCUGGAAGGAGAUGCUGUUCUAUCUCGUCCAAGCCAUCUACCAGCGGUGGACGGGGUAUACAGGAACCAGUUUGUACGAGCCCUGGAGCUUGUCAAUGUUCAAUACCCUGUUUACCAGUCUGCCGGUGAUCUUCAUGGGCGUGUUUGAAAAGGACCUGGCGGCCUCAACGUUGUUGGCCGUCCCGGAACUCUACAACAUUGGACAGCGCAACCGCGGCUUCAAUUUCAGAUUGUACCUCUGGUGGGCGAGUCUCGGGGCAUGCGAAGCCGUGAUUGUGUUCUUUAUUAUGUACUCGAUUUACGGCAUGGCAUUGUUCACACGCGACCAGGAUCUGUACGCGUUUGGAUCGCUGGCAUUCAGCGGCUGCGUGGUCGUCAUUUCGUUGAAACUCCAGUUCAUCGAAUUGCACAACAAGAGCGUGGCGGCGGCAAUAGCCAUUUUUCUGUCGGUGGGCGGAUGGUGGUUGUGGAACAUUUUCCUCUCCUGCGUGUACCCGGACGAUGUGGUCUAUAAUGUCCACCAUGGGCUUUUGGAACGAUUCGGCCGCAAUUUGCUCUGGUGGAUCACCUUGUUGCUGAUUGUUCUGGUUGUGUGUCUGCUCGAAGUGGCUCUUAAGGCUUUCGGUGCUGUCUUUUGGCCCUCCGAUGUGGAUGUUUUUCAGGGCUUCGAGCAGGACCGCGAAGUGCGCAAACGCUUCGAGGAGGCUGCCGCCGAUCUGCUCCAGCAGGGUUGGGACAGAGGCACUAAAAAGUCCAGUCUGGAGUUGGCGCGCGAAGCGGCUGAGCAGGCCGAGCGCGAAGCUCAGGUUCAAGAGCUGUUGAAUAAACCGCGUGGGAAUGUCGAAGACGGUCUACCAUCACAGAGGCCAACAGCUUGGAUGAAGAGAACGGCGUCAGGCGUCAGUGCGAUUAUGGGUGCUGCUGCUGGUGCGGGCGGCGUCAACGAGAGCAAAUCCGUCAACAGGCCACAGCCACAGGAAAGCCAAGAAAUGCAAGACAUCUGUCCCAUCGCCAGAAAGUCGGUCGACAUUGGAGAGCUCUUCAGUAAAGGGUUUGGAGCGGUCCGCAAAGGACCAGAUCUACGAUGA